GCCGGACGUGAGAAUACGACCCACGGGCGACGAAUGAUGCAGCCGAGCGAGCGAAGCGUCCGCAGGUGACUCACCUGCGCGAACCGGUCGCAUGCACGCGCUUACACGAGUCAUGCAGAAUAAAGUGCCCGCGUCCAAGAAGUGUGUAAAGAAGCAGCAUCUGGAUCAGCUAUGGAAAAGUAGUUGAAAUAAAUAAACCUGAUCCGUGCAUGUCAUGGGGAACUGCUGGGCGCAAUGUUUGGGACUCUUCAGAAGGGAAGCAAACAGAAUCCAAAGAGGUGGAGGGUCAAAGUACUUCAGAAGUAGCACAGCUGGGGAACACUAUACCAUAGAGUUUGAGAACCUCGUGGAGAGUGAUGAGGGUGAGAGCUCACAAAGCUGCCCCAGACCUAUCAGCGAGGAGGAGAUUGGCCAAUUGAAGGAGCAUUGCUACGGUGCUAUCUCAGACAAACAGGUGCUGAUCGACGAAAAGCUGAAUGCCGAGUUAGUGGCAGAAGAGGAGAAGUUAAGGCUAGAAGAGGAGGCAAUAUUUGCAGCCCAGCGUGAGGCAGCGCGGCUCAUUAAGGAGCGAAAGCUAAAGGAGAGGAAGCCAAAGAGGACCAAACCCAGAGCAGAACCAGAGAGCAAUGACCUUCGUCACAAACCUAAACCUCCGGAUGGAGAGUUCGAGGUGUACCUGCAGACUGUGAAAGCUCAGUCUGAAGCGUUUCGCAGUAACAGACUGAGCUCUGAGGCGAACGUUGUCACCCCAAACACGGAGGGCAGCUGGGACUUAACCAGUAAAACUGAUGCCACCUCACUGGACCUAGAGUGGGAGGAUGAGGAGGGAAUGAAUCAGAUGGGUCCAGCAUGGGAGCGUUCCAAAACAGAAGAGGACAUUUUAUGGGCGGCGCUUCGUCCCGGGGGGAAUCAGUUGGGCAGCGGCCCCACCUCCACCUCUGAGGACUCCAACGCGCUGGAGUGGGAGAACGACUUCAUCAGUGCACAUCCCGAGGACAGUGGAGACCACUGCGAUGAGGACUUUGAGGGAUUUGUUAAUCCAGUACUGGACACGCCCACCGAGGAGGCGGAGAUUAAGCCUACCUCUGACCAACAAGAAAGAUAGUCCUCAUGAGACCACAGCGAUGCAUUACAUAAAUUCAGUGUAAUAUGACUGCUGAGCGGACCGGCCAAAAUGACAAUACGGAUGUCUACAAUUGAACUCAUAAUUAUCAAAACACGAACAUGAUGAUUGUCUCCUAAGAAACUACCCACAGUUUGAUAUGAUUUGUAUUUGUUCUUUGGGUGAAUCUCUCGAAAACAUGUCCAGGUCACAUUCCAUCUAAAUAUAUAUGUGUGUAUACAGUACAGAUCAUCUUUUACAUUGUGAAUGUAAAAAUGCACAUUAUUGUAAUGCGUUGGAAUGUUAGGUUUUAUUUGAGUAAUAUCCCAUUAUUAUCAAGGGUGAUUCGCAUUAGAUUCUUAUGACCAUUUUUUCAUACAGUACAAUACAGUAUUUUAAAGCUACACUAUGUAACGUUUUGCCCUCUUGCGGUUGAAGCAUAAAACUGCAAGUUUCUUGCGGAGGAACACUUUACGUCAGUUGUGAUUCGGCAUUGCUCUUAUGCGGAUGGCUCUUAUGGAUGAAUCUCAUGGUUUGAGGACUAUUUUUAUGUUGAUAUUAUGAUAUUCGCUUAAACAUUGGAAGUAAAGUUACUACAGAGUAUCAAGUUCAUUACUUGUGCUAUGAAAUCGCUACAUUAUAAACGAUUUGAGAUGAGCGUACAUUCAUGGGGAUCUGUUUAAAGGAACAAAAAAAUAGCUCCAAAAAUACUUUAUUGGCUUACUCUUGCUUGCAACGUUUAGACCAUUAGGUCUCCGUCUGGCAAAAAAUAAAUAACAAAAAUGUCUGUGAUUGAGGGGAUAAAAGAAACCGCGGCGCAAACAUAGUUGGAAACACACUUUGGGAAUCUCGAAACUGCAGCAAUGAUAUAAAAUACUCAAAAGUUAUGAAAAUUUGUAAACGUGUAACAAAAACUUCACUUAUACUUAUAAACUCAUCGCGAUUAGAACACAAUCGGUUCAUUAAAGCAUAACAGCAGAAAACAUUCUCAUGCAUUACAGCAGGUAAACAACUUCACCAAACCGUUACAAAUCCAUGAGGAGAGUGAUUUCACAGUGCUGCUGCACAGCUGUUGCGAUCGCUUUUCUGACAUUCCAGCGAGUUGCGCCACAGCCGAUUUCUUUCUGAGCUCACGGACAUGAUGUAAACACUCAAGGACGAAUGACAUAUGCCUGCGAUUUCAUGCCAAAUCUGUCCCGACAGCUCUAAAUAAAAAAUCUCAAUUGCAGACUUACCGUAGUGAAUCAGGGUAAGACAAAAAACAUGUUUUGGAAGAUGGGAUGUUGGUGUACUCGAUUAUUAAAAAAAUUAAAUAAGUUCUAACAAAAUAAUCUUACAUAGUACUGAAAUGAAACUGACUUUAUUUAAAUCAGGAUACAUUACAGGCAGUGAAACAAAAACUAUAAUUUUGUACUGCAAUUUUAUUUAUUUUUAUUUAUUUAUUCUUUGCAUUAUGAUUGAGAAUGGCAGGGUGGUUAAAUUGCAUCAUGCAAGUUUUAAUUUGACAAUAAAGCACAAUUAUUUGAUAAUGUUUUUAUUUUUUUUUUGUCCUAAGGUGAAAUACAGAGCCCCCUAGAGGGCAGGAAGGGAAUUAAUUUUCUGAAAUAGUCAUAUGUUCCCUUGUUAUAUACUAUAUACACUGUAUAUACAGUAUAAAAUUACUUUUAUGGUGGAAACUAUUGUACAAAUUAACCAUGUUACUAUAUUAAAUUAUAUUGAUUAAUACCAUAUUUUUUAUUUUCCUGUUUUACUAUGGUUUUAACAUGAGUAGCAUGGUUAAAAUAUGGUUAAAGUUGUAAAAUAUGUUUAUUUUGGUUAGAGAUGGAUAAAGCUAUUGCAAGGGAACGCAACACUUUAAUAAAAAAAAUAAUCCCUCCCUGUCUUGUCAAGGUGCUCUGUAGAAAUAUGUUCUUGACGGGUUUCGUGAGAUUCACCCCAUUAGAAUUUUGCUGUCACAAAUGUAUUUAAAUUCCUAUUUAUUUGAACUGAUUUAAUUGUAUGUGUUUGCCUUGGAUUCUGGGUUCUUAGUUUUAAAAUUGUCUAAAAAUUAGACACUUAAGUCUUGUAUUAAUAUUUCAACCGUAUUUCAGAAUCUGAAUCAAGUGCAAUUUUAGAAGAGUUUCCUAAAAGCAUCUUAAGAUCACUCAUAUGAGCUCAUAUAACCAUUGGAGCCUUUCAUUCAGCCUAAUCAUAUAACGUUUGAAACCGUCAUGGAGUCUGGCCCUGGUCUGAUGCGUAAGAGACAUUGCUCUAGUUGUUUUAAGGGAAAGACUUGUUGCCUGAAGGGAAAAGCUAAACUUGAGAAGUUCCAACUAGUGCUGUUAAUAUUUAAAAUGAUCAGCGUUUAUCUGCCUGCUAAAUGUCUGCGGGUCAAAGGGGUUCGGUAUAGUUCUUGAAAACAGCCAGUGAGUGUUCUCUACACUUAUUUGAAAAUACAUUCUUUGGACAAAAUGGGCUGGAAAGAGUGAAAAUACUUUAAUGGAACACAAAUCUCGAUCUGCUACCUCUGGUUUGAAUAAUCCUGACGCUACUGAAUUAAUCCAUUAACUGCUGUUUUACUGUCUAUGAAGUUAUCAGUGAAUCGAUGGAGACUGGAGAUCCUCUUAAUAAUGAAUGUUAACACUGAUCAUUUUUCAACUGCAGUACAAACAGUUCUACAGGAAAUCUGGAUGAUCGUAAAAUUGACAUCUACAGAACAAUAUUUUUAUCCAAAUGUUUCACUGGUGGUCUGGUAUUUUCUCUAAAGGAAUGUUCCUGGUUUUAUUGCAAGUUAAGCUCUAUCGUCAGCAUUUGUGACAUAAUGUUGAAUACCAAGUGUUUGUAAAAACAACACAAAAAUUGUGGUUACCGUAACGCACUUACAAUAUUGGUGAAUGGGACCACUCCAUGAUGGCUAAAAUACGAAUGUUACGUCAUCAUGAAAGCAAAGUUGUAAUAUUUGAUAUAGCUGUUAACCAAAUAAAGUUAGUAAGUGAUUUUUUUCAUAUCUUGUGGCUAUAUUUUUGAAUCCAUGUAUUUAUUGACUGGGCUCAUUAUAAGUGCUUCUCCAUUACUGAGAUUCUUGUUAAAAAAACAAACAAAAAAUACGAGGGGUACGUCUACAUUUUGUUGUGCAAAUCAACAUUUAUCCACAAUAAGCUGUCAAUUGUGCUUAACUUUUAUUGAACCUGGAAUAUUCCUUUAAUAUUUGACUCUAGCUAAAUAUAUACAACCGCUUAAAGGAAUAGUUCACCUAAAUAUGUCAAUUAUGCCAUUAUUUACUCACCCUCAUGUGUAAAUGACGUUUAAAGAAUGAGAAAUGUAUUAAAAUGUUCGCAGUUAUUUUACUUACAAUGAAAGUGAAUAGGGACAGAUGCAUCCGAACACUAAAAAUGACUCUGUGAAAGUAUCAAAAAGGUAGUCCACAAGACUUACCCACAAAAUCUUCUUUCAGUCGUUCAGUUAAAAUCUUCUCUUCUGCUGCAGCUCUCAAAUCUCAUUUGCAUUUCUGAAUAUUGCAAUAUGGCGCUGUUUUAUGGAGCUUUACAUUGUCUGGCCCCAUUCACAUUAAUUGUAUGGAAAAGAGUAGUAUGAAUAUUUUAACAUAUUUUGUGUUCCAUGGGAGGAGAAAAUAAUAAUGAUAUUGAACAUGAGGGUGUGAAAAUAAUGGAAUUUUUUUCUCCAUUAAUGGCUAUACUACUGCUUGAAGUUGACCCCUAUACUCUGUUUGUUUUAAUGAAUGCUGAUCUGUAUAUGAUGGAUUUUGAAGCGGACACUAAAGGCCUUUAGGAUUAGUUAGGACAUUAUGAUCUCUUGUUGAGUCCGACGUGACUGGGGUCUGAAAUCUAGUUGUGAAAGGGCCUUCUGUUGAAUAUCAUCGCACCCAAGAGACUUCUGUACAGCACAAUCAUGUUAUUGUCUUAUUUUACCAGCACACCUCAAAAGAGCAUCUUGACAGACGUGUUCAUGUCAUCUGAAUGUAAAGGAUGUGUGAUCAAUGAAGAGUUUUUUCUCAAGUGAACAUGUAUUAUGUCACGUAUGAAGAGUUUGGGAGAAAUAUAUGUGUUUGCAAAGAUAGAUGAAUAUAUGGCGGUCUCCACCAUUGGAGUAAAACUACCAUCUCUGUGUCUUAUCUUCACACUAGAAAUCUGAAAUGACCACAUAUCCAAAUUUCUGCAUGGAUUCCAUCUUAUCGACUAAUCCCAGUGGAAAUCUACAUGGUGCCAGACCUUAUUUUGUGUUAUGGCAAGUGUGUAUUUUCUGCUAAUCAAAUGACAGCUGUUCACAUUUUUAAAAAUGCUGCAUAUUCCAAGAAAGGGCUUGGCAGAUCACCUCCCAACUCUUCAACAGAACUGAAAUGCUGUUUGCACAGUUUCUUGAACAUUUCCCUUGUGUUGGAAGAACAUGUCAAGCUUUUAUGUUUUUUCGGUUGUGAGUGCUUCUGAAGAACCCAUCAAAUUUCAGAUAAACUGAAUGUAACUACUGUUUUCAUAAUUCCAAUAUCUUGUGUUAAAUCUGCAUAAUAAAUAAAUAAAUAUUAAAAACUCCCU